UCACGGCGUUGUAAAACAAUUGAUACAUUCAUCGUUCCACCCAGUGAAUGUAAAAGACUUCACUUAAAAGUAUAAGACGAGCACCAAUACAAUUCGAAAGACGAAUCCUCGAUAAAAUCAUAUUAUAUUAUAGGUACCUACCCGUAGGCAUAAGUACGUAUCGAUAAUAAUGAUGUUUGGGAAAAUAAGCCGUUAAAUAAACGACGCGGUCGUACUCACGCUGGCUAGCAAUAAACGACGUCGUAACCGUCGUCUGGGCAAUUAUUAGAUACUUGUUCCAUACUAUACCGGAAAAAAUCACUGUUAAUAAAAUAACAUGGCCACGACGGAGAUCGAUAUAGACGCAAUCCUGAGGGAGAUGAUUCACAGUCUUAUUGACGAAUUUUUCGUCGACGAAAAUCAAGAGCAUAUCGAUGAAGAGCAAGUUCCAGAGGGCAUCAACAGCAUGAAAGACCCAGCUUUAGAUGACGUCGUGAACACCCUUUUGGGUGAGAUAGCCGAAGCUGUCUGCGUCAAAGUCGACGAAGGGCAAAAUUUGGAUUACGAUAAAAAUCAAGGAGAUAUUGAAAACGAGAACCAUCGAGAGCCUAUGGACGAAAAGGAAGUUCCAGAGGAUAUCUAUGACAAAGAAGACCCAGAUGACGUCGUGAACACCCUUUUGGGUGAGAUUGUUGAAGCUGUCUGCGACGAACACUCAUCGGAGGCUAUGGCCAGCGGAGACGCAGAGACAGUUAAAGUUCCGGAACAGAUGAUAGAGACACCGGCCGAGGGCAAAGAGAGGGACGGAAAUGGACUGGCCAGGAUACCUGAAUCGGAAGCACUGAAACCAGCAGACCCCACACCUCCACGUGGACGCGCAAGGCGAAUAGUGGCCACCACGUGGAAGGGUGUGAGGCGGGUCACACGCCUGGUGCUGUGCGGAUGCUUCCGAGGAGAGUGA